UUUACUGAAUUCUGACAUGCUACGUAUUUUGGCAAGUAAGUAUAAGCCAUAAUGUCACAAAUAUAUGACAUACUAUGUCAUGAAUUCACUUUAUGUCAUGAAUUUGUUUUAUAACCUUUUUUUCCUGACAGAAAAGCAUUACAGUAAAGAGUUGGCAGUGUGGCAAAUGGGAACUGAAUCUGUGAUGUUUUCUUUUUAUAAAAAUAUAGUCUCCUGUAGUUUAGUAACAGUUUAUGGAAAUUGAAAAAACGCUCAGACUAAUGUGGUUUAUUGAUUAUGCAGCAGGACGCCCAGGAUCUAUGAACAUGGAGCAGCUGUCCUCAGGGCCGACGCUCUCACAAGGUUGCAUAAAGAACCUGUUUUGCUGCCACAAGCAGAUUUGAUUUAGCUUAAGUAGCCUACGGUGGGAAUGGGCAGCCUGUUUUCAAGGCAAUGGGCAUCUUAUCACUGAGCAAAGUUUUUUUUCUCUCAUGAGUUAUCAGAUCCACUGACGGCUAUAAACAGCGGCGGCAGCAGGAUCCAGGUGUUAACACUGUCUACCUGCAGGCUGGGAACAUGACUUUCUUUAAGUGCACCCUCGGUCUCCUCCUCAUCCUCGCGGUCUCUGACCACUCCUGGGCUGAAGACAAGGAUCUGUCCGUCUCUGAGCUCCUGUGGAGGGCCAACAAGGAUGUUGUGCGUACGAAGGACGAGCCCUUGGUCAUGGAUGACAUUGCUUAUGACAAUGAAAACGAGAGGAAUGCUGAUCCCUGCACCUCCAGCGGCUGCAUGUGGGGAAAGUCCAGCGAUGGAAAGGUCUAUGUGCCUUACGUCAUCGCCACACAUUUCUCUUCUCGGGAGCGCUCCAUCAUCGAGCGUGGGCUUACGUCCUUCACCAGCGUCUCCUGCAUUCGCUUCGUCCAACGCACCAACCAGAGGGACUACAUCAACAUCCAGUCCAACAGCGGCUGUUACUCCUUCGUCGGCCGCCGUGGUUAUUCCCAGACGGUGUCUCUGGACCGCCAGGGCUGCCUCUACCACAACACGGUCCAGCACGAGCUGCUCCACGCCCUCGGCUUCAACCACGAGCAGUGCCGCUCCGACAGGGAUCAGCACAUCCGGAUCCUGUGGCAAAACAUCCAGUCCGGUUGGGAGUACGCCUUCGACAAGAUCAACACCCUGAACCUGAACACCCCCUACGACUACAACUCUGUCAUGCAGUACCACAGGUACGCCUUCUCCGGGAACAACAAGCCCACUAUGGAGCCUAUCCCCAACGCCAAUGUUGAAUUCGGCACGGGCAAGGAGAUGAGCAAGAACGACAUCAGCAGGCUGAACAAGCUGUACAAAUGUUAAAAACACACAUCGGGUUUGAGUUUACAAUGUACUUCUGUCGCUGUGAAGAGAACAACCCUGACAACAUGGUGCUAAUUCCCACAUUUUAUCAACAAUAAAUCUUCUAACAUGUUCACUGAAGCCUUGUUUGUACUUUGUGCAAUUGUAGACACUUUUGUACUCUACCAAAUGUUUGUGAAUUCAGAGUUCAUACUGAAGUUUGUGUGAUGGAAAAGGAAGACAUAUGCAUGUGUAAAAGAUGCAUAAUCUUUAUAUAUUAAAGGUCCCAUGGCAUGAAAA